AUGUCUACUCCCGCGAGCGAACUGAGGAAACUCCUCAAGGACCGGGCGGCCAGGAAGGCUGCCAGAAAGACAACAGAGGCGGCAAGCCUGGACCCACCCCUCAACAAGGAGGCGCCAGGGGGUGCGCUUUCCGCCGUCCCCAUCCAGGCCGUGGACCCGGCUGCAGUCCCCGGCUCAGCCCAAUACCCGGUGAUUGAUCUGGAGACGGGAACCGUGGCCAGCCGAAGCUCCGAGAAAAGGGGCCUAGACGCGAUCGCUGAGGAGGCCAGCACCGGGAAGAAGAGGCCCCGGACGAGGCGGGCUGGUUCGGCCGACGAGUCGCACGGCGAGAGUCGGCUUGCCGCAAAGGAGAUUCCAGCACUACCGGCCCUCCCCAUACGUCCGGCACUACUCGAGGAUGGGGAGGCCGUCAUGCGGGAUGAGCAGUCCCGGCUGAUUGCCCAGACUUGGGAGAAUGGCCGGGGCUGGAGAGACGAGACUUACAAGGCCCUGACGAUCCGUCGUCAGGUCGAGUUUGCGGAGCGUCCGGUGGCGUUUAGCGCCCCUCAGCCGAUCGUGGACCGGCUAGCUGCCGAGACAGGCUUUCGCCCCAAGCUUGGGCAGGACACGGCCCCCUUGGCGGAGGACCUAUUGGACCAGGUGGGGAACACCAUGUCCAACCUCCAGCUCAAGCGGUACGCCAUGAUAGCCAACCCGGACGUGUUGUUCAUCUCCCAGGCUCUCCGCCAUCAGGCCACCACAAGGGAGGCUGCCAAGGAGGCCCUAGCCAGGGAGACGGCCCAGGCUCGAGCGGAUCGCGAAGAGUUCGACCGUGUUAAGGCUGGGCUGGAAAAGGCCUUAUCUCGGAAAGAGGCUGAGGCCAACGAGAGGGCAGCCCUUCUGGAGGCGGCCGCUGCUCAGUCUGCCCGGGACAGGGAGGAGAUCCAGAACUUGACGGCUCGGGUCCGCGAACUGGACAGCUUUCUUCGCGAGGAGAAGACGGCGCACGAGGAGGCCCACCGGGAAAAGGAGGAGGCGGACGGCAUGCUGGAAGUCACUUUCGAGGAGGCCAUUUACAUGGCUUGGCGCAAGGACAAAAGAAUGAACCUCCUGGUCUUCCUCGACCCAGAAUCAAAGAGGGCUGAAUUCAAGGCCAAAGAGAAAGAAGACGCGAAGCUUCUAGGGGAUGAAGCCUAG